AUGCUCGAGAUAAUUACUCAAUCGGAGACUGAGAAUCUUUUAGAAUUUAUUGUUCAACAUGACUUCCUGGAAUUCUGGCAUGCCGUGACGGCUAUUGCAGAUAGGGAGGGAGUCGCUCGUGGGCAGAUUGUGGCCCGGAUCAAGGACAACAGUGGUCAUACCGUUGGGUAUUACCUGACCAAAGACGGAGGGACCGAAUCGCGCGAUGAAGAGCGUGGUCUCAAGGGUGCCAUCAUUUCAGGUCGUGAUCAGGAAGGCAACCCACCGAUGAUGCAAGCAGCCCACAUUGGAGACGAUAUGAUGAUUAGACUUCUUGUACACAACUGUGCCCGUGUUGCAAGUAUCAACAACUUCUCGGAAACGCCAAUUCACAUUGCAGCUCGUGGUAGUCAUAUAUCAACGAACUGGAAAAGAAACCUCAACGACCCUUUCAUCCGACAUUACUCAGGGUUCAGCUCUGGUUCACCAGUCCCAGACCUCAGCUGGACAUUCCUGGAGCUCUCACGCUCAUGGCACCGAGAGCACAACUUUGGCAACAAUGAUGUUGAAAACAAAGGUCAUAUAUCAUCCUCGGAUUGGAACAGCGAGGCCACUGGCUCCAAUGCUGUUCCAGACGCUACCCAACCUAGCGAAACCAUUGAUCCAUUUACAUGCUUCGUCAACCAACAAAAUAGCUUUGGACAGACCACUCUGCAUUUAGCCUGUCGUCUUGGAAACCUCGGCAUCGUAGAUGCAAUUUUGGCGACGGGCCAUGCUGAUAUUCGACUGGUUGACCGGCUGGGACAUUCUGCGCUGCAUUUGGCAGAGAAAGCUAAUCAUGGCGAGAUGAGUGCACCAGACCGGAAUAUUUUGGAAGAGCAUUUCUGUAUUCCUAAUCUGUUAGCUCGACUUUGA